CGAGCGUGUCAAUCAUUUCACUUCCUGUUGGGAGGCGAGUGUCGUGCCGUCACUCAGCUCUUUCUUUUCUUUUAAAAAUGGUUGAAACUGAAUGGUGAAAUGAGCGCAAUCUGUCGUACGUUUUAAUUCUCAUCGUUUCCUGUGCGAGGGGAGGCCAUUUUGUAACCCCGAAUCAACUUUUGUACUUGUUUCUUACUUUCUGUUUCUCUUGGUUUGCCUUCACAUUCAAGUUUGUGGACUUUCUCAUCAACAGCACAAGGAGGAAAAACUGCCAGCAAAGAAGGAAAGAGUAGAAAGAGGAGGAGGAAGAGGAGGCUAGUUUCCCUCCUUCAGUGAGGGUGUUUGUUUCUCACGCUCAUGUGAAGGAGAAAAGACACCGUCAAGGAAGGGCAGAAAGCACUUCCUGCAGAGAGGAAUCCAUUCCUGUAUUCCACAGGGAAGCGAGGACUAUGCUCAGUACUCCUGCGUGGGUGAGCCUGUGAACGAACGUGUCUUUUCUAGAAAGUGUUGAGAGGUUGGAAGCACAGCUUGGGAGGUUGCGAGGAUGGCCAACGCCAGCCCCUGCAUGCCUUCGGGACCCAUGGGCCAGGUUUUCUUUUCUCCGGGGACCUCCUCACUGCAUGGUUCGCCCGCGGUGACCCCCCUCCCGGUGGCCUCCGUGUCCCCCCAGGGUGGAUUCAACGUGAUGGACUUCACCCACGGGGUGCUGGGUGCGUCGGGGGGUGCAACGAUGACCCCGGGGUCCCCGGCUCCUUCAGGGGUGUCUUUCAGCAUCCAGAUUGGCCUGACGCGGGAGUCGGUGCUGAUGCCACAGAGUGCAGACCUGGCCUACGUGAAACAAAUUGCCUGCUCCAUAGUUGACACCAAGUUCCCUGAGUGUGGCUUCUAUGGUAUCUAUGAUAAGAUUUUGCUGUUUAAGCACGACACAUCAACCAGUAACAUCCUGCAGCUGGUGAAAACUGCAGGUGAUAUUCAGGAGGGAGAUCUGGUGGAGGUGGUGCUUUCUGCGGCAGCCACAUCAGAAGAUUUCCAGAUUCGGCCCCACGCUCUCAACGUACACUCCUAUCGGGCCCCUGCCUUUUGCGAUCAUUGUGGAGAGAUGUUGUUUGGACUAGUCAGACAAGGGCUUAAGUGUGAUGGGUGUGGACUGAACUACCAUAAGCGGUGCGCAUUCAGCAUUCCAAAUAACUGUCGAGCUCGGAAGAGACGCUUGUCCACCACCUCCGUGAACAGCAGCCAGUCUCUGCGCCUCUCGACCAGCGAGUCCGCUUACAGCGUCGGGACCACGUCUACCAGCACCGAAGACUCUGGCCUGGUCCGUUCACACACGCAAAUGCCUCGGACCCCGAGUGAGGCCCGGCGCUUUUACACGGGCCGACCCGUGCAAUUGGACAAGAUCCUGAUGAGCAAGGUGAAAGUGCCACACACGUUCGCCGUCCACUCGUACACGCGUCCGACAGUGUGCCAGUACUGCAAGCGGCUCCUUCGAGGGAUCUUUAGGCAGGGCCUGCAGUGCAAAGACUGCAAGUUCAACUGUCAUAAACGGUGUGCAUACAAAGUUCCUAAUGACUGUCUUGGUGAAACCAUCGGAGAUAUGUUGAGUCCCACUGCUGACCCUGAGGUGCCCAUGGACUACACCAGCGACUAUGACGCCUCAGACAAGUCAUCUAUGGAUGACUCGGACGAGUCUUGCAGCAUCCCGGGUUCCUUUUCUCCCGAGAGCAACCAGAGUGGAGUCAGUGCAGACCAGAGUGUUUACAUUCCACUCAUGAGGGUGGUCCAGUCAGUGAGGCAAACAACUCGUCGAUCCAGCACAGCUAUCAAGGAGGGAUGGAUGGUUCACUACAGCAAUAAGGACACACUGAGAAAGAGACACUACUGGCGUCUGGACUGUAAGUGCAUCAUCCUUUUCCAGAACAACACCUCAAACAAAUACUACAAGGAGAUCCCUCUAUCUGAAAUCCUGGAGGUGCGACCUGCUGGCAACUUCACCUUGGUACCCUCCGGUACAAACGCGCAUUGCUUCGAGAUCAUCACGGGCACCAUGUGCUACUUUGUGGGGGAGGACUCCAACACCCCUGCCCCCCUGUCCCCUCAUGCCCUCCCCCAGCCACCUCCAUCCCCUAGCCUAGUGGCACCCAACAGUGGCAUUGGGCGUGAGGUGGCCAAGGCGUGGGAGAGCGCCAUCCGUCAGGCCCUCAUGCCGGUCAUCUUCCAGGAUGCCCCUCCAGCGGAGGGAAACGCCACUCACAGACAAGCCUCCGUAAGCAUUUCUGUAUCCAACAGUCAAAUCCAAGAGAAUGUGGACAUUGGAACAGUGUACCAGAUAUUUGCAGAUGAAGUUCUGGGUUCUGGACAAUUUGGAGUUGUGUAUGGAGGUAAACACCGGAAGACUGGGAGGGACGUGGCCGUCAAAGUUAUUGAUAAGCUCCGCUUCCCAACUAAGCAGGAGAGUCAGUUGAGGAACGAAGUUGCCAUUCUACAGAGUUUGCGCCACUUGGGCAUCGUAAAUCUGGAGUGUAUGUUCGAGACCCCGGAGAAGGUGUUUGUUGUCAUGGAGAAGCUCCAUGGCGACAUGCUCGAGAUGAUCCUCUCCAGCGAGAAAGGUCGACUGCCUGAGAGGCUCACCAAAUUUCUCAUCACUCAGAUUCUUGCAGCCUUGCGACACCUGCACUUUAAGAACAUCGUUCACUGCGAUCUCAAACCCGAGAAUGUGCUGCUUGCCUCUGCUGAUCCUUUUCCCCAGGUAAAACUGUGUGAUUUUGGCUUUGCCCGAAUCAUAGGGGAGAAGUCGUUCCGUCGCUCGGUGGUCGGCACACCGGCCUACCUCGCCCCGGAGGUCCUGCUGAACCAGGGCUACAACCGCUCACUGGACAUGUGGUCUGUUGGCGUCAUCAUGUACGUCAGCCUUAGCGGGACGUUCCCUUUUAAUGAGGAUGAAGAUAUCAAUGACCAGAUACACAACGCUGCCUUCAUGUAUCCUUCCAACCCAUGGAAACAGAUCUCCUGCGAUGCCAUUGAUUUGAUCAACAACCUGCUGCAAGUCAAGAUGAGGAAGCGCUACAGCGUUGACAAGAGUCUCAGCCACGCUUACUUACAGGACUAUCAGACAUGGCUGGACCUGCGAGAGCUGGAGACCAAGCUGGGUGAGCGUUACAUCACCCACGAAAGCGACGACAGCCGCUGGCAAUCGUUCGCUCACCAGUACACUCUGACGUACCCCGCUCACCUCGUGGCCCAACCUCCCGCGCCCGCCUCGGACGACGAAGAGGGCAAAGAAGACACGGAAGUGCAAGUCCUCACUGAGCGGGUCAGCAUUCUCUGAAGGUCCACAAGGUGUGUUAGGACCAAGUUGUUCUCCUAACAGUGUUUACACAGUCAUCACCGUUAUCAGCCGUAUGACAGCACUUCAUUUGUCAAGUCCAAUUUUCUCCAAGCAGCCUCAUUCAAAUCAUCUGCUUUUGAAAUUGCUUUUUGAAAUGUUACUUUUUUUUUGUUCAUAAAGUUAUGCGAAUCUAUGCUCGUAACCAGCCAAAUAAAUCAACAAAAAGUAGUACAAUUUUGGUAUGGGAUCAAUAUCACGAUAAAGUGCCUUUGGUGACCUCAUCAGAAUGACUCCGUCGUCAUGAAAAUGUAGCGGGAUAAUGAAACUCUUAGAUUUCAUAAAAUAACAAAACAUUUGCACACAAACCAGUACAAUGACACAUCUCUUAAAAUGUGUUUCCUUCAUUUACAUUUUUUUUUCUUCAAAUUGGAUGUAUGUGAUUUUGUAAUUUCCCACACACUGCACUGCUAGCUACGCCGUUUGUAGUCAGUGGUUAAAUGAUACUCAAUCAGAAAUGUUUACAUGGCUUUCUCGUGCGCAACAAAUUAUUUGAUGAAACCAGUCAUUUUGAUCAACAUCUCCUAUUUUCAUCAUCAUAUAGCUGCCCACUCUGCCAUUAUGGAGUAAUUGCCCCUUUAACAAACCCACUGAUGUCUACAGUGACAUAGCUGCCGGCAUUCGUGUUUCCGCAAUGGAGCCUGAAACGGCUACUGUACAGUAAAUAUUUCCACUUAUGUUUCAGAAUUUUCGUAUUACGAUUGUCGUUGAAUGUUGUGAAGCUUAACAUGUCUGUCGUAGUGAAAUAUCAACUGAUAUUGAGACCAUUCAGAAAUGUCAUGACGACUACAUUACAAAUGCUUCUGACCUGAAUCCUGUUGCUAAAUUUGAGUCACACAUGAAUGAAGUCCAGUUCAGGUUUUUGGGUGGGGUUAAAUCCGAUCUUAUUUUGUAAGUCAUUCACCACAUUACAAAAACAAAUGCAACUUGUAAUAUGAACGGAAUGUGUGUUUACAGAAGCAAAUAUGGUGCCACAUUUCUGGUAGUUUAAGGAUUUCGUGGUUGGACUGACCAGUCUCCCCAUAUAUUUAUCAGUUUCUGAUGUUUGAUGACGUAUCGGUCGAAUCCGCUCGAAAUCAGCAUUCAGACUGCAGUCGCCUCGGUUACUUAACCAGUUAACUUAUACGUGCGAAAGCAUUUUCGGAAUUGUACCGUUCACAGACACACGAAAGAAAAUCUGAUAAACAGCUCACACUUUAUGGGCAAAACAAAUCAGAGUUGACCCGGAGGAUGAACAAAGCCAAAGUGAAGGUCCGCCAUGUGCUCAUUUCAUGCUAACAUUAGCAAAAGAGCUCACAUCUUCUGUUGUUUGCAUGUACAUCGUCUGCUUGCAGAUAAAGGUUGGGAAGUUUGACCUAGGGUGCGUUUCUAACAGUAUGUCAUCGACUGAAAAUGAAGAUUCAAUGGAAAAUCUCGUUUGGUUUGGUGAAAGGCGGAAGUCUCAAAGGCACCUUAUGGUGAUAUUGACUCAUGGGAAAAAAAAAAAAAAAGAAUAAACGCGGAAGUCUCAAAGGCACACCUUAUUGUGAUAUUGACUCAUGGGAAAAAAAAAAAAAGAAUAUCUUCCCAUCAGUUUGCUCCAUAAAAAGAAACAUUUGCAUUGUGAAACACAGUGCCACCUAAUGGUCAAAAAUAGCAAUUGCAUGAUUUGAUGAGGCGCUUUGAAGUGACUCAAGAUUUGCGUGUGUUGUGGUCAUUUCCUGUGCAACUGGAAGUAUUGAUUGGGUGACAACACGUCUUCCUGUAAUUAAUACAAACCACAAUCAUAACACUCUUUGGAAACUUCAAACGUUUCUGCCAGGAAGCAGGCGGGCAGUGCUUGCAGUGAAUUUUUUUUCCCAUUUUCCGUCACCGUUUAAAUGGCAUUCUAUGUACACGUGCGCGAGAACACGCCUUCCCUCUGUUGUGGUAAGGAUCUAUCUUUUGUGGCGGGAAUGUAACUUGAUUAUCUAUUAUCUGCCAUGCCGAUGGGUUGCAUGUUUGCAUAGCGUCCAAUGAUGUCGAUUUAGUGUAAAAUGUAGUGUUGCUUUUAUUAUGACAGUCCUCUGCAUGUGUACCGUGAGGUUGGUGUAGUGUCCAAUUUCUCGACAUAAAGUGGAUGAUGGUGAUGAUGAUGCUAGAUUUUGUAGCACAAUACAAACCUAGAGAAUGAC